GCAUUCACGGUCUCUAAUGGCUGAACAACAACAACUAUUAGCGGGCACCAAACUUUCCCUAACUUCCCCGGACAACAUAGAAAGUUGAAAGUAGCAAUUUAAUUUGGAGGUACUUCAGCUUAUGUUUGUUCACAUGAUACGUUUGUUGUCAUAAAUGAGGAAUCAUUGAUGGAUCCAAGAUAUGACAUCCCGCGGAGGGCCGCCGCCGCCUCCUCCGGUGGCAGCGGGGGCGCCGCUAACUCGUCCCCCGCUCUGGGAGCUCAAUCCCGCCGCAGGAAGAUGCCUCCCCGACCCGCUGACUUCAAACUUCAGAUUAUAAUUAUCGGCUCCCGUGGAGUUGGUAAAACCAGCCUCAUGGAGAGGUUUACCGACGACACUUUCUGCGAGUCAUGCAAAUCGACAGUAGGUGUUGACUUCAAAAUCAAGACGGUUGAGUUAAGAGGAAAGAAGAUCAGACUACAGAUAUGGGACACUGCAGGCCAGGAGAGGUUUAACAGCAUCACAUCAGCCUACUACAGAGGAGCCAAAGGAAUAGUGCUGGUUUAUGAUAUCACAAAACAGGAGACUUUUGAGGACCUUCCUAAAUGGAUGAAAAUGAUAGACAAGUAUGCCUCAGAGGAAGCAGAGCUUUUGCUAGUGGGGAACAAGCUGGACUGUGAGACUGAUCGGAUCAUCUCUAGACAACAAGGAGAGAGGUUUGCCUCUCGAAUAAGUGGAAUGCGCUUUUGUGAAGCCAGUGCCAAGGAUAAUUUUAAUGUGGAUGAGAUUUUCCUUAAGCUUGUUGAUGACAUUCUUAGCAAGAUGCCUCUUGAAGUUCCUAACAAGGAGCUCUCCAACAGCGUUCUGUCUCUGCAGCCUGAACCUGAAGUGCCACCGGAGUUGCCCCCUCCCCGGAUGCGCUGUUGCUGAAACCCCCCCAUCUCAAGCAGACACUCUCUGAAACAUGCAGCGCACCAUCAUGACCACAUGGUGGCAGCACACAGCAGCACUUUACAAUUGUCACCUGCUGCUGUGAUGAUGCAUGAAAUAAGCAGUAUUACUCUUUCUCUGUUGCUUUCUCUCCUGCGUUACUGAACACUAUAAGCUGCAGCACACUAACAAUUCAGCCUGGAGAAUCUUCUUCCUACCACCCUUCUGUCUACACGUGACCCAGACUACCUCAUUGUUUGGAUGGUUAACCUAGGUAUGUCUUCCAGAUGGAGAUCCUUCCUAACAGAGGGAAUCACUGGACGCCUCACAGCUUCUCUCCCAUUUUCCUUUUUAUCGUCCCUCUCACUAAGUUUAAAAUCCUUUGAGUUGAGGUUAUCUUUUAGUUUUAAGACUUGCUGACAAAAGGGAUGAUUUCUCACAUUUCCUGAGUUCAUUUCAAACUCCAUGUCUCCUGGUACAGUAGACAGGUUUGUAUUUUUCUUGGACUUUUGUUGUUUUACCUACUGACAGAAUGACUUAAAGUAAAAAAAAAGCACAAUAGGAAAUAAAUAUAGUAGCUGUAGUUGUAGCUGUAGUGACUGGAUGAGGUUUAGCGGUUAUUUGGACAGAGGAAGGUUAUACGAGUCAUCAAUUUAUGUUACAUUACCUUAAAGUA